AUGCAAUGGGUUACAAUCUUCGCCAUCCCUCUCCUGGCAAUCACAUGCUGGCUUUACACCGUGAACCUUGCGCGCGGGCGAUUCCACAAGUUGCGCAACAAGCGCAUCUGCUUGCUUAUUGCGCAUCCGGAUGACGAGGCUAUGUUUUUUGCGCCGACGGUGUUAGCAUUGACGGAGCCAAGUUUGGGAAACCAUGUCAAGAUCUUGUGUCUGAGUAGUGGGGACGCCGAUGGGCUGGGAGAGACCAGAAAAAAGGAAUUGGUCAAGAGUGGCAUAUCGCUGGGGUUGCGCAAAGAGGACGACGUCGAAUUCCCAGAUAGCAUGACGGUACCCUGGGACAAAACCAAGAUUGCGGCCCUCCUCUCCUCAGCCUUCGCACCCAACCUUUCCAACCCCAUGAAGAACAAAUCCCCCGAUGCCCCCACCGCCACAAUCGACGUCCUCAUAACUUUCGACCGUUCGGGCGUCUCCUCACACCCAAACCAUAUCUCCCUUUUCCACGGGGCACGACACUUUAUAACCUCCCUAGUUCAUAACCGACCAGGAUGGCAAUGUCCCGUCGACCUAUAUACGUUGACAUCGAUCUCGUUGUUACGGAAAUAUACGAGUUUCUUUGAUAGCGCCUUGAGUCUAUUCAUCAUGGUGGUGCGGAAGAAGCAAAUGGGCGCGCAUCCUACCCCGCUCUUAUUCUUGAGCGGGCCAAAGGACGUCCGGGUUGCGCAGAAGUCGAUGACAAAUGCGCAUAAGAGCCAGAUGAGGUGGUUCCGCUGGGGCUGGAUCGCAUUGAGUCGAUAUAUGGUUAUUAAUGAUUUGAAGCUGGAGAAGGUAACUAAGUAA